GCGUGCGCCAAUAUAUGUCAUUGGUUCGAAAUGUACAACGGAGGAGGCCGUGAGUACAAGCCUACAAUGAGCGAUACCGGUUGCUCUGGACUCCGUCCUUGGUACGUACUCCUCUCCGAAGACGAGGUUAUCCACGACGGCCUCGCUCCAUCGGAUUCGCGGAUUAAUUUCUCACAUGUAUACCGUGCCGUCGUGUUUGAACAUCUUCGUCUCUUCGAACCUCAUCAUGGUCCAGAAGCCGCCCGCGAGCUGCAGGACCUCGAUGACGGGUAGGCACCCCUCGGUGCAGCUGGAGAGCAGCGAAAUCGGGACAAUGCGUUUUGCGACCAAGGCGAGGUGAAUGGUGUCUUGAACUCCCGAGUCGAGGCCCUAAGAUUAUGGGCAUGUUGGGCGGAUCACUCUGACGUGGUUAAGAUAUGUCGCUGACGUGGUCUCCAAUGGGAGGAUGAACGUGAACAGCAUCUCCACGAACACCCUCCCCUCACUGAGCGGUCGACUAUACGACUGCUCGUUAUAUACUCCCGCAAUCCAAUACACGUUCGCAAGCCGUCAGGGUCGGAUAUGAUCUUCAGGGCCCGCCGAGAGAGACGUUGUCCGACCGUCAUAACCUGCACAAGAUCCGGGCGGGCUCGAAUACUGUCGGUCGCACUACCGCACUGAUAGGCAUCACGAGUAAGCUCAAAGAUCUAGGAAACACUGGAUCCACGCACCAAGGUUCGCGGGCAUGUCCGAACCCGUAUUGGGAUCGCGGUCUAUCCCGGGCUGCUGCAUGCGCAGGUCGGCGACUCCCCACUGUCCUACAUGCCGGUCGUCAUGGAACGACAGACUAAGGAUGUUGCGGAUGGUGCCUCUAGCCCCGUCAACAACCAUCACUUGGUUAACUUGACCUUCGCGGGGACAACAGUGAUCUUGUUCGCAUUUUACUCGAGAUCCCCGUAGCGCCGCGUUCGUCUCGAUGUGAACACCAUAAUCCUUUCGCUGAUCUAUCCGCAAGCAGCGCGUGCAGCCGGGGCUGGCCGAUGAUCGCCCCUUUCGCCUGCGAGGAAGGGAUAGACUCGGCUCCAUCUGG